UGGUCGGAGAAACACCCACACCCAAAAGAAGGCCCUAGUCGUAAUGCUGGGAAGUAUGAUAAUAAACCAGCGGCAACAUGUGGGCCUGCAGAAGCUGUCUGCGAUUGCCACCGUUGCACAUUCCACGUUGGGACCCCGUAAAAAGUACAAGUUCAUCCAGGAUGAAGCAACCGGGGAAUCGACUUUGGCCAGCUCGUGUUUGCGCAUCCUGGACAACCUGGACCUGGUCACCUGUGCUGUCAGCCAGCUGGUUUACGAGACAAUUCGGGCGCACCAUGAGGUUUAUCGUACGGGGGCCGGAUGCCUGCUGUUUUUCGCCGGAGCAUGGAGUCGAGCAGCGUUAUUGUGCUUGCAGCAAGGGAUUCCGACAUCCCGUGUUGUUGCGGCCAUGAUUGAGGGAAUGGAUUUAUGCGUGGACGUUUGCAAGAAAAGAAGCGUGUCAUUCAAUGCUCUUUGUGUGUCGACCAGGAAACGAAUCACUGAGGCAUCAUUAGACUCCAAAGUCAUCAAAGGAAAAAGGCAAGUAAAGCUGAGUCGCCAUUUUUGCAACACCGAGCCUGGAACUAUUUUAGUUCCGGAGCCUCGUUUUUCUGACGUCGCACGCCUGGCAGCCGGGCUGAGCCACGGCUGUGACGACGCAAUGCGUUUAGUCAUCCAAGCCAGUCGCAUCCAGUCGAAAGUCAUCCCGAAUUCCGUGUUAGACGUGACGAAAGUGACCACUUGCGUGUUGCCAGGUUUCCCGGAAGAUCACGCUCACGUUUGUUCGGGCUGCGUCAUUCUUCUCAAUCCAGACCAGGCUUCUGUGGCGCACGACCUCAAGAAUAAACCCACGAGUGUCGUUCUUAUCAGCGGAGAUUUAUCCCACUCCUAUCGUCAUCUCGGUUUUAACAGGCCCGCGGGCAUCCAGUGUGUCGGCAACCGGUCGAAUAUGUCCGAUUUGAGCAAAGCGGAAGAGUGGAUGGGAAAAGUCCUGGAAGUCCUGUCACACUUAGAAGUGGACUUGGUGCUUGUCAGUGGGCUCGUAAACGCGGCUGUGAUUCAACGCUGUUGUCAGCGUCACAUACUGGUAGUUGGAAAAGUUCGAGCGUCCGUUUUAAAAGAGAUGGCCACCGCUACUGGAGCGACUCUGGUGACGUACGUCACGCAGUUGAGUAAGCAUUGCAUUGGCAAGGGUAUCCAGGUUAGCAUUUGGAGGGAAAUCGGAAGCCACGAGGGGACGCCGUUAACCGCCAUCAACCUUGAUGCCGGCGGGAGCACCCGCUUAGUCACGGCCAUCAUCACCAGCCCCGUACACGGGAAGCUGCAGAGCCUGGAGGACCGAUUUUGGGCUUGUGCCUAUCGCGUGCACCAUGCGCUGAAAGACAAAGCGGUGCUACCUGGAGCUGGAGUCACAGAGUUGUUAUGUAUUCAUCGUCUGAUGAAGAAAGUGGAGGCGGAGAAUCCCGCAGAUGGCACUCGUGGUUCUAACCCCUACCUUGGUAUUAUCCUGCACCUCCUGGCGGACAGUUUUACGGAAUACCUAGCUGCCGUGAUGGCCAACUCCACUGGGACUUCACAAGUCAAAGCCAGGGCUGUGGUCAACCAGAAACUACAGGAUGUUGACAGCAUUUCUGCAGAUUUCUCACAACUCAUCUUGGACUCUAAUGAGGACAUUCCCCCGUCCAAAGUUUUUGAUAAUCUUAGCGUCAAGCAGGAGUCAUGGCGGAAAGCCUUGGAUCUGGUUUUACUCGUCUUGCAGACGGAUGCCGAGAUCAUUACCGGUGUGGAUGAAAGCAAGGACGGCAUUCAUGCAGGACUCAUGUUUUUAUGACCACAAGAAGAAAAGUGUCGUCGUGUUUUUGCAAUGUAGACUGGACACCAUUUGAACGAGCAGGUAUGCAUUAGAUUAGACAUUCUAUGACUCUGUGGUGGCUUCAGCCCUCCAUUAUGGCAUUGUCUGCUGGUCAGGCAGCAUCUCAGCCCGGGACAGAGAGAGACUGGAACAACUGGUCAGGAGGACCAGCUCUGUCCUGGGCUGCUCCCUGGACACUUUGCAGGAAGGGGGCAACAGAAGGAUGCUAGCUAAGCUAACAGCUAUGAUGGACAGACCCUCCCACCCCCUCCAGCCCACCCUGACAGCACUGGGCAGCUCCUUCAGCCAGAGACUGAUACACCUGCGCUGCAAGGAGAGGUACCGCCACUCGUUCCUGCCGACUGCUAUCAGGCUACUAAAUAAAUGCACCUGAAAACCUGGACUCUCCCCCACUCACACAUUGUAAAUAGCACAGCCACCUAUGCAGCACAUACACAGUUGCAUAUCUGCUUAUAUCCUAUACAGUAUUUUGUGUUUUUAUGUUGCAUUCUGUACUGUGUACAGUUCAUUUAAAAACAUGUAUAUUUUGUGCAUGCAAAUACUUUUCUGCUUUUUCUACUCCUUUCCCUCCGAACUUUGCUGCUGUACUUUGCAAAUUUCUACAUUGUGAGACAAUAAAUGUUUUCUUAUUUUAUCAGGGUAUUUUUAUUUUUCAUAGUUUGGACAGGGGUGCGAUUUAUACUAUUGAGCCACUAAUGUGUGAAAUGAUGAAAACGUUUUGUCAUUUCACGUGUUAUAUCCACAUUGGACCGCAAGAGGGCGCUCCAGGUCUGUGUUAUUAGUUUCCACAUUGGCGGUCACACUAAAAACAACUGACGAUGACUCUUGACUGAAGUGACGGAGAAGAGGAAGCGUCGAGGAUGAAGCUUUCUUUCAUUGGAUUAUGUGAGUUGGAGUGCCACUGAUUGUUUGGUAGACUUGUUAGCGUGUUCUUUAUGCGAUCGAUACAGGACUACUGUAACUCUUAAUAUGUUACGUGAACAUACCAGGCACGUUCUCUGUUCGUUGUUUAUGCGUCAUGUAACUUAAGCAUAUUGUACCUGUUGCUCUUAUUUUUUUAUUUGCCUUUCAAGAGGACACCUCUUUUCUUGGUGUUGGAUUUUAUCAAAUAAAUUUCCCC